GACAGAAAACACCAAAGAAAAAAAAACACUUUAUACGAUUAUAAUCAGAGUCUCAAGGUAGUCUUUAUUAGUGGGAAAGAGAGGCCAAGAUCAAGGAGAUUUGUAGAGAGAAGAGAGAUCAUUUCUAUUUCAGUUUCUACAAAUUUGGACAAGUGACAAUAAGCAUAAAUCAUACAAGUUAUUUUUUACUCCAAUGGCAAAACCGGAAAACGACAAAAGUUCCCCAGAGAAACAAACAUGGAGCACAAUGGAGGAGCUCCUCCUCGCCUGCGCCGUUCACCGUCACGGUACUGAUUCAUGGGACUCCGUCGCCGACGAAAUCCAGAAACAGAACUCCACUUUCCGUACGCUCUCACCCUUCGACUGUCGCCACAAGUACCACGAUCUCAAGCGCCGAUUCUCCCGUGAACUAGUCUCUCCGGGAUCUACCGAGGGAGAAGAAACCGUCGCCCCCGAGAUCUCUUCCGUUCCAUGGCUUGAGGAGUUGCGAAAGCUCCGUGUCGACGAGCUCCGUCGCGAACUCGAACGUUACGAUCUAUCCAUCUCGUCAUUGCAGUUGAAGGUGAAGAGAUUGGAAGAUGAGAGAGAGGAGAGCUUGAAGAUCGAGGAUUCAGAUCUAAUUAAAAUCGCGGAGACGAAAGAGAACCAACAUGAAUCGGGUAAUUACUCCGAUGUCCCGGUCGACGAUCCGGUUCAUUCUCCAGAUCCAAAGGACAUUAAUACCGGAACCGGAGCGGAGAACACGGACAUCGAUGUUAAAAUCGCUGAACCAAUGGACGAGGAACCCAACCGGAUCGGCGGCGAAGACAACGACGAGAAACCGGUAAGAGAGGAUUCGGGCAGAGGAAGUUGCGAGAGCGCCGCGAACUCGGACAGAGAAGACACAGACACAGGAAGAGAGGGUAACGACUCGCCCGAUUUUGUUGAGUCAAUGGACGAGUCGAAGGGAGAGGAAGAAGCGAAAGAAACGAGUGACGUGCAGAGCUCGGCGAGCUUACCGAGGAAGGAGACGCUAGAACCAAACCAACCUGAUAACGAGGAUCAAUCUCUGACCGUCAAUAAGAACCUCGAUGAAUCUCAGCCGUUGAUUGAUUUCAUCGAAGUUGUUAAGUCUCACCCCAUUGGCUCUUACUUUUCGCGCCGGCUCGAAAGCCAGUUGCAGGAAACACCCGAGUACGGUAGGAUAAUAAGGCAGCACAUAGACUUUGAGAUCAUUCGAAGUCGUGUGGAAGAGGGUUACUACAAAACCUCCAGGACCACGUUUUUUCGGGAUCUACUGCUACUAAUCAACAAUGCGAGAGUGUUUUAUGGCGAGCCAUCUUCUGAGUUUGAUGCAGCAAAGCAGCUUUACCAACUCCUCAAGAAACAGAUGACACUCAAGAUUCCUAAACAAACCUUACCACCACCAAAAGAGGAAUCCUUCGUGAUGUCCAAGGAGGAAGUCACAGUCCCUUCUCUAAAACCAACUGCACUUUCAGUGCCUAUGAUAGCUUGUCGGAAACGUAGUUCCUUGGCUGUUAAAUCUUCAGUGUCAGUCACUGAACCGUCAAAGAAAAUGACUAAAGUAGCUUCCACAGCCGAUGAGAAGCAAGUUUCAGAGGAGGAGGAAGAUGAAACUUCUGAUAAAGAUGAGGAACCUAUUGUUUCUAAAAAGAUGACUAGAGGAAGAACACCUUCAACAGCCAAAAAAGUAGGAAGCAGAAACGUUAAGACCUGUUUGAAUGCUGGUCUCCCUAGUAAAGUGCGGUCGUCAAACGAUAGCUCUGAGCCGAAGAAAAUUGUUCAAGAAAAGAAGGGUAACAACCCGAGUGGUGGCUCAAAAAAGCAAAGUGCUGCUAGUUUUCUUAAAAGAAUGAAAGGGGUUUCAUCAGCUGAAACUGUCGUAGAGACAGUUAAGGGUGAUUCCUCUAAUGGAAAAAGAGGAGCUGAACAGAGGAAAAGUAAUAGUAAGAACGAAAAAGUGGAUGCAGCAAAACUGUCUGCAGGUCAGAAACGAUUAACUGGGAAGAAGCCAACAACUGAAAAGGGUAGUCCUGCAAAAAAAAACACUGGUGUCGCUUCUAAAAGAGGCACAGGCACUGCCAUGUCUUCUCCGCUGAUGGCAAAACGAAACAGUGAAACUGGUGAAAAGGAAACAGGCUCUUCUACUCGUCCGAAGAAGCGUUCAAGGAGGUGAUGAUUUAUUGCAGUACUUUAGUAUUGUCUAUAGGAUCAGAAGUUGCGAAGAGGUUUACAAUGCAGUCAUUUAAAGGAGUGUUGGAAUUGUUUAUAACACUUUUCUAAUUCCAGAUAGCAGCAAAAUAUGAGUUUAGAAGAUUUUAGAAAGACCCAAAGAUCUCAAACAAGGUUAUAAGAGUGUUCCAGGCUGGAAUGUUGUCGUGCAUCUGUCAUCUCAGCAUCCUACUGCUCUGGAGAUUUUCCCUUAUCAACUUUUCUGAUGAUUGGAAUCCCAGUGCUCGUUUUACCAACCUAAUAGGCGUUUUAUUGAGAAGUUGUUUCAGUGAAAGGGUUAAGUAUCACAAGAAAAAUUGUUCGAGCUGUUAGCAAGAUACCUCCUGAAGUUGCUUCUUGUUUCGAGCUGUACUGGUUUUGAGCAAGAGAGUUUCGCCUGGUUUAGGAAAGCAUUUCCAUACUGGUAACCCGGGAUGUCCGCUUUGCCAUUCCAUAUCCUCUGCCGGAAUCUGCAAAGUUUAAGAUCAGGGGUUUCAGCUUCUGAAAAAGAGGAAAAUAUAAAACUUGAAAAAGAGAUCGAACAAUCUGAUUUUACAUGUCUGAUAUCAAUCCAAUUGCACGGGUCCUCAAAAUCCUGUUUGCUGAAAUCACUCACCAGCUGGUGCGUCUCCUGUAGAUUGGAAACUAUAUUUCUUAGAAGGGCUGAGACCUGACCUGAGCUGACGAAGAACACGCAUGUAAACAUGAAGAGACUUACUGUUUUCUCGUCAUACUCUUUGAUGAGGAAUCUAAUGUGCUCGUCUUCGUAAGGCAUUUUUA